UUACCAUUUCAAAUUGGAUUAUGAAUUCAACGGUCAAAUAUUCAAAGCUUGAUCACGCCCUCUAUUAUUUAGUAGUUAAAUUCUCAUGCUUUUUCAAAUUUGAUAAUGUUCUUCAGGUCUUAAUUAAACGUUGAACAACCAUGUCAUGGUCUUAAUAUAACAACAUAUAUGUCGAAAUCCCUCACCCAAAUUUUGUUCCAAAUCAUUUACCAAAGCAAAAACCAAUUUGAACCCAGAAAAGAAAAAGAAAUAUAUAUUUUGCAAUGAUAAUUUCCUCCUGGAGAAGGAAAAGAGCCGCCGUGCUUUCGGAGAAAGAGCAGCAGAGGAAUGAAAAUGGGGAGAUGGAGCUGAUGAUUCCAAGAGAUUUCAGGUACCCCAUAUCGCAAGACUUGAUGAAAGAUCCUGUCACGUUGUCUACAGGGAUUACUUUCGAUCGACAGAACAUUGAGAACUGUACUGAGGCAGGGAAUUUCACUCGACCGCUUACGAAUCAAGCGUUGAGGAGUCUUGAACCGAUUCCAAAUCACAUGAUAAGGAAGAAGAUACAAGAUCGGUGCGUUGAGAACCGGUCUUAUGGGAUUGAGAGAAGCCCUAUGUCUCGAGGUCCUGUUAGUUCCAUGGAGGUUUUGGAGAUUCUUUCGAAAAUUAAUGUUGCUUGCAAGAAACGAGAUAGAGAAGGGUGUCGAUUUUUGGUGGUAGGGGUCAAGUCAUUAGCAAAUGAGAGUGAACGUGACAAGCGGUGCUUUGUGACUAAUGGGGCAGGUAGCGUUUUAUCAGAAGCUUUCAAUGUAUUUUCCAUGGCAUCUUUUGAUGAAAAUGCUGUGGUUUUAGAGGAGAUAUUGUCAGCUUUGACAAUAAUGUUCCCUCUUGAUGGAGAGGCCAAGGGUUUCUUGGGAUCAGUUUCAGCUAUGCAUUGCUUGAUAUGGUUUUUAAGCACUGGAGAUUUAUCUAGGAGAAGAAACGCAGUUUUGGCCUUAAGGGAGCUCGUUUUAUCAUCAGACCAAAGAAUAGUGGAUGAGUUAUCAGAGAUGGAAGGUGCAACUGAAGCAUUGUUUAAGCUGAUUAAGGACCCAAUUUGCCCUACAGCUACAAAAGCUUCUUCAACUGUCAUUUACCAGAUAAUCACAUCAUCUUCAACAACUGAGAAACAAGCAGCAAAACUUGUAAAUUUAGGCUUAGUAUCAUUGUUGCUAGAAACGCUGGUGGAAGCCGAAAGAGGCAUGUGCGAGAGGGCCUUAGGUAUUCUAGAUGGGAUUUGCAACAGCAAGGAAGGGAGAGAAAUGGCCUACAAACAUGCCUUGAGCAUGCCGGUUUUGGUUAAGAAAAUCCUUCGAGUGUCAAACUUGGCAACUGAGUUUUCAAUCUCCAUUUUAUGGAAGCUUUGCAAGAAUGAGCAAAGGGAAGAUGGAGGCGUCCUCCUUGAAGCCCUUCAAUUGGGUGCGUUUCAAAAGCUUUUGCUGCUUUUGCAGGUUGAUUGCCCCGACAAAACAAAGGAGAAUGUUUCAGAGUUGUUGAAAUUGCUGAAUCGUCACAGAAACAAAAUGGAAUGCGUUGAUCCCAUGGAUAAUUGGAAGGAUCUGAAAAGGUCUUUUUGAUUGUAAUAAUCUUAGGCAAACCAUGAUGGGAAAUUUUUGUUUAUAAUUUACAGAUUACAGUCCAAUGUACAAAACAAAAAAUUAAAGUAUAGAGUUUCAUAAAAAUGCCAUUACUAUAUUGAUUUUUGGUACACAAAAACAGAUUUUUCACAACAUUUCAAUGAAAAAACGCCGUCAAAUUUCGUGUUAAGGAAAUGAUAAAGACGUUUAAAACGUUAAUAAUUGAGUUAAUUGAUUCUCAUGUAGGUAAAAUAAAUAAAGAAUAUACAAUCUUUCACUAAAUUUGGAAAGGUGUUCAAAGGAGAGCCGCCACAAGAAAAUUUGGCAGUUGGCACCAAUGACUUUGUAUAUGUAUUUCCUUGUCCCUCUUGGCCUUUAGGUAUUUUCUUGAGCAUUAUUACAGAUUUUAUAGCCUUUUGCUUGAUAAAC